AUGAACAACCACCGUAUGACUCCGGAGGCAGCGGCGCAAUUCGGUGAUGGAAUUCAGAUGGUUGCAGAAAAGUUUAUGGUAAUGCGUGAAGAAUGUUUAGAAGGUCAGUUUGACUCGAUAAAGAAGCUGCGAGAAACAAAUGUUCCAAGUGUUUCGUAUUCGAGACAUCCCAACAGCGAUGAUGAGGAAGACAGUGAUGAAGAUGAUGCAAUUAUAGAGAACAAUAUGUCAGCAAUGGAAGUUGAUGCUCCACAACCACAGCGCCAAUUGGAUCACAAUCUGACUGAUAUUGUGGCUGAUGAAAGUAGCACGAAAGAUACUCCUCAAGUUGUGGAUGGAUGGACUGUUGUGUCAAAAAAGAGUAAAGGGAGAAAGAAGUGA